AUGAAAAUCUUUCAAUUCGUUCUUUUAAUUUUCUCGAUUUCAUUUGGCUUGGAAGCAAUGAGCUUCCCCCAAGUCUUUCUGCAAACACCAAAUCUAGACCGAGAAGUGUAUUGUGAUGCUAGACUUGAAAAAGCCUUUUUCCUGACUCCAAAGACACGUGUGAUGUUGAGAAAUUAUCAAGCAAGUGAAGGACCAAAAAAAGAUUGUGUGGUGAACAUGGAAGGGCCUGUGAAGCUGACGUUUAGCUUUGUCACGAAAAAAGAUGAAUGUAACACUUAUGUGAUCGUGAAAGAAGCGCAAACCGAAGCCGAUUUGGCUGGACAAGUCGGCAAAAAACUCUGCAGUAAUGAGAUAACGCCAUCAACCGAAGUGGCCAUCUCGCACCCUUGGUCGCAGUGUCUUCUUUACUCUGGGGAGUUCAAUUCUUUAGAAUUCUAUGCUGAGAUUUUA